AGCUGUAUUUUCGUGCGCCACCUCGCCAACUUGCGGCCACCUUGCGCUGCAUGAAAUUCGCGAAAGUUCACGUUCCAUUAGGCCAAUUAUCCUAGUAAUUAAUUAAUCCUAGCUAAGUUAAGCAACCGCCAUGCUGGACAACGACGCCAGCAACAACAACAACUGCAACCCACAAAAGCUGCCUCUGGGCGACCUGAAGCUAGCGCUUUCUGGACAGGAUGGGGUGCGCAGACAUGUUCCGGCACUGGACGAGCACUGGGUGCGCCGCGAAAAGCCCUUUGGCAGCUACAUUUGCCUGAUGGGCUCCUACGGCCAUUUGAAAACCGGAGCAGCACUGGAAGAGUGGACCUUUGCGGCAAACAAUUGCCGCCAGGACAUGGAGUUCCUGCUGAGCCUGAGUCAGCACGAAUUCUGGUCCUAUAUGGUCUACGAGGAGUCGGCCAUGGCGGCCAUUGUCACAUUUCUGCAGCGUGCCAAUCCGUACUACAGACAAACAGAGGCCAGCCAGGACAAGGAGUUGGAGCAGGCCAACCUGCUGUACGGGCAGCUCCUCGAUCUCGUCGUGCGUUUGGUGAUGCGACUGUGCACCGGAAAGGAGUCGGAUUCGGAGUGGAUCAGCCCCCAGCAGCACAGCAGCCUUUUGUACAGCAACUACCUGAUCUCUGUGCCAAUGCUCUUUGAUCUGCUCAUUGCCGUGGGCGACGCGGAACCCUCGAAUGUGGAACUGCUGCGCGAGAUUUUCGAGAAAGUGCUGCGCCUGCAGCCGGAGUACCGAAAGGAUCUGAAGGAGGCGUUGGCCUUCUACGAGAGCGCCUUCCUCAGCAUGCAGAUUCAGGUGGAGAACGAGGGCUGCGAGGGCGCCGGCGGCGGGGCGCCUUUGGACGCGGACUUGGAGACGCCCUACGACGAUGUGGUGCUUUUCGCCAUGGACUGCGCCUACACGCUGCGCCUGCUCCUGCUCCUGUGCCCCGAGCUGGUGGAGACCAUCGAACAACUGCGUUUGGGUCAAAGCAUUGCCAAUUUCUAUGACAUGACCGUGCCCAUGUUGUACAAGAACAUCUAUAUGGUUAACCCGGGGGCCUGCUCCCUGCGUUGGCUGAACGAGACGCGCCAGCAGUUCCUCUUCGUCAUCCGUCGCAUUGUCAGCCUGCAAAUGGAGACGGGUCGGGGCCAGCAGCUGGUGGAACUGCUGCAGGAGUGCCUAUCCGCCCAGACCUUUGUGGUGGACUACCAGCGACAGUUUCCCCUAGAGAACGAUAUGGAGUUGCUGCUCCAACGUUGCCCGAAUAUCAAAAACUACAAGGUGGAAUUUGUGAUAGCCGGCUACCAGAAGGCCCUGAGUAGCUGCCCCGGCGGCAUAAUGGCCGACGACAUGGUCAGCAACCUGGACACCGAGGAGGAGGACGAAUACGAGGACGAGGACUCCUCGCGCACAUCUCCACAGUCGUCUACGACGGCCAACGGAGCCACCAGGGACAUCGACUUGGAGGUGACCGCCGUGCUGGACGUGCUGCCCGAUCUGGGCACGGGCUUUAUCCGGCGCCUGCUCACCCGCUACGAGAAUAGCGAGCAGGCGAUUGCCGCCAUACUGGACGACAAUCUGCCACCGGAUCUGGCGCAGAUGGAUCGACAGGAGGUAUUUGUGCCACCCGAUCCGCAGGACAAGCUGCAACGCCAAACGGGCGUGCGCCACUUCAAUGUCCAUGAUGGCGAUCGCUACGACGUGCUGACGCGGGAUCAGCCGGAGUGCAUCAUAAAGCAGGGCAAGGGCUUGCCCGGAGCGCCGCGCAAUGCGGAGCAGCUGCUCGAUGACAAGAGUGAUGUGAAGCAACUGAAGGAGCGCUACCAGCAGUACGCCAUGGUCGAGGAGACCCCGCUAGAGAGUGGCGAGUAUGAUGAUGAGUACGACGACAGCUACGAGGCUUUGAACGAGGGUCAGGCGCCACCAGUGAGCCUGCUGCGGGCCAGACUGCAGGGCGCCGCCUCCAAUUCCGCCUACGAGGCACAGGAUCAGGUGGAGGACGACGACGAGGAGAGCUCGAACAGCGGAUCGGAUACGGAGACGGCCAAACGUAACAACAAGGACUUUUGUGAAAAUCCAGAGGUGAUACGCGCCCGCUACCAGCAACGCCAGAUGGCCAAGUACGGCCAGAGAAGUGGAGGUGGAGGAGGAGGAGGAGGAGGUGGCGGAGGCGGAGGAGGUUCUGGACAGCAGUCCAACCCCUCUGUCGUGGGAGCACCCAAGGGGCAGGGACAGUCCCAGCAAACCCAACGCAACCGUGGGCAGAAGGAGGCCCACAAAUCCUCGCGUGCCAAUCACAAUCGCAAGGCGGGAGCGGCCUUCAAGCGCAGCAAGGGAAUGAUGGGUUAGCCUGGGCCCAAGAAAUCCUUUUGGAAGAUUUAAAAAUAAAUGUAUUUAUACUUGGUAUAUUUAGAAAAUCCAUGUUGACUUUACUUUGGUAAGCGUUGAAUUUAAACUAGACUACAGAAACUGAAAAACGAGAGGAUAUAUUUUUUUUGUAUAGAACGGAAACUUACCAACCUAAACACUAUGUAUAUUCCGUUAAAUUAGACCAUGAACCAGCUAAGUUAAAGCUCUGUUUAUUUUG